AUGCGCGUCGCAUUUUCUACACGCGGGCAAAACACCUAUACUGUUUUGCAUACAGUGAGCGAAUACUGGAACUCGAUUACGUGGCUCAACACUGCCAUUGACAUCGCCGAGUCACUUGGUCUGCAUCAAUUAAGGGUAGACGGUAACACAAAAGUCGGGCCUCAGAUCGAAUUGCAAACGAUGGGGAUGUGCAAGCGGAUUUGGUGGACGCUUGUUUGGCGUGACGCUUUUGGUAGUGCCAUUUCGGGGAGUCCCUUACGGAUCGAUCUCUCUCAGUGUAGCACUCCUCGACCUCAUCCACUGGAUCCCGGACAGCAGCAGAUCUCCCAGCAAAUUUGCGAUCUAGGCCUCAUACUUCGGUCAAUAAUCCGCUUUCGUUUUCUUAACAAAGAUUCCAAAAUGGUGGAACGCUUUGUUUCAAACACGCUGCGGACCUUGUCAUCUCUUAAUUUAACUACGUCAAAUUCAAGCUUGGCUAUGAGACUUUCCUACAAUCAUGUCCUAAUCUAUCUAUGUCAGACAUCGCAGGACUUCUACGAAGAGAGUUCCCUUGGUCGCAAUCCGACUAUAGAAUUGUUUAUGAAGAGCAGUGUUGAGGAAGUGCUGGCAACUUUCAGGAUGCUUCUCGGAAGUCAGUCCUUAACGAUGGUCGCUAUACCUUUAGAUGUAUUAGGAGUCUGCUUAGAAUCAAAGACGAAUAACGAUACGGAAAGGCUUGUUGAAGCACUUGAAAGCUUUGGAGUUGUAAAGAGCAUGUUGGAAAUGGUCGGCCAACAAUGGGAUCAUGCAGUCCAGAUUUGCGCGCUGCUUGAUGCGUUGAAUGCCCGCGCAGAACUUCCCCUUUCUCUUCCUCUUGUCGAAGGAUCUGUGUCUAACCUGAUUCACGACAAUAGAGACAACAGACUUGCUGACUCUCCUGUUCAGUGUGAGAGCCUCGCAUACGACGAAGAGGCAGAAAAGCUUUUAUCUAUGCUCUGGGGAUAUGAGGAGUGA